CGGAGGCUGCGGCGGCGACCGUGGCAGAGGCUGUGGCGGAGGCCUCCGUAGCGGAGGCGGAAGCAGAGGUGGAGGCUGAGGUGGAGGCCGAGGCCUCAGUGGAGGAGGCAGUGGUGGAGGCCACCCGGGGGGAGGCAGCGGCCGCCUUGGCGGAGGGGGAGGAGGCGGGGGCUGCCCUGGCUGCAGUGGUUGUGGAGGCUAGCGUGGCUGAAGCCGCCUCCGUCACCGCAGCAGCCGCCGCCGCCGCCGCCGCCGCCGCCGAGGCUGCGGUGCCCUCCUUGGGGGAGGCGGAUGCGGAUGUGGAUGCAGAUGCGGGUGCGGAGGUGGCGGUGGCGGCGGCAGCUGCCGCCGCAGCCACGGAUGGAGAUGCGGAUGCGGAGACCAGCAGGGGCUCCGAGGGGAACCCAGACUUUCCUAUGGCCUCUCUGUACGUGGGCGACCUGCACCCUGAAGUGACAGAGGCAAUGCUCUACGAGAAGUUCAGCCCAGCGGGGCCCAUCCUUUCCAUCCGCAUUUGCAGGGACAAGAUCACCCGCCGCUCUUUGGGCUACGCGUAUGUCAACUACCAGCAACCGGUGGACGCCAAGCGGGCCCUGGAAACCCUGAACUUUGAUGUCAUCAAGGGCAGGCCGGUGCGUAUCAUGUGGUCCCAGCGGGACCCCUCGCUCCGCAAGAGUGGGGUAGGCAACGUCUUCAUCAAGAACCUGGGCAAGACCAUCGACAACAAGGCGCUGUACAACAUCUUCUCGGCGUUUGGCAACAUCCUCUCCUGCAAAGUGGCCUGCGACGAAAAGGGGCCCAAGGGCUACGGGUUUGUGCACUUCCAGAAGCAGGAGUCCGCAGAACGGGCCAUUGAUGCAAUGAAUGGCAUGUUCCUGAACUACCGCAAAAUUUUCGUUGGGAGAUUCAAGUCGCAUAAAGAACGAGAGGCCGAAAGGGGAGCCUGGGCCAGGCAGUCCACCAGUGCUGACGUCAAGGAUUUCGAGGAAGACACCGAUGAGGAGGCCACCUUGCGAUGAAGACAUGCCAGGAGCUAGUCAGCCAGCAGAGCCAAAUCUUGGCUCUCACGCGGUUUACAACCCCCCUCUUUGCCCCCCUAACCCACCAGCAGUGUAUUGUAUUGUACUGGGAGUGCAGGUCUCUCCCGCUCCCUCUCCCUCCCUCCCACCCU